GAGGGUGAACUCAGUUUGGGAAAGAGUGCUUGGGGAUAAUAGUAAUAGUAAUUUGUCAGAGUUAUUUCAGUAAAUGAAUUAGGGGGGAGCAAAGUUGCAUUUGUUAAAGCUAACUGGAAACAUGUUUAGUUACAGUUUAUAAUAUAUUUUGAGAACAAGUGUCACAUAUCAGGGAAGUCACACCCCUGGGUGUUAAAGAGUGUGUUAACGUGCAUCUACAGAUUAUCUUAAUGUGCAACGUCCUGUAUUAAGAUAUGUGUCAGCUGUGCAGCUUCCCUUUGGUUCACUUCCUCUAUGUUUGCUGUACCUUUAGUGUCAAGUUUGUCCUGUGAAGACUGACGGUCUCAAGCAUCAAAUCAGGAUGUUUGUUCUAAUCUGUGCAACGCUGCUUUUCUCUGUGAGGGGCAUCCAUGCAGAAACAGGUGCAUCGGUUUGGGGAAGACAAUACUGUCAAGCAGGAACAUACUGUAUCACUCUUAGUGAAGCAGAUAUAACAGCAGAGGCUGGACUCUGUGUUGUGAUACCGUGUUCUUUCUCUACUGCUACAGCCUUUAUAACCCAACAUAUAGUUUGGUUCAAAUGUAAAACGUCCAAUCGAAAAUGUGGCGAUUCUGACAUUAUAUUCCACAGCAACAAGUACAACACCAAGGUUCAGUCUUUGUUCAAAGGACGGGUUUCAUUGUUGCAGCCUGAUGUGAGUCAGGGGAACUGCAGCAUCAUCAUCAACGACCUCACAGAGUCAGACUCUGGAGCAUAUCAGCUCAGAGUUAAUGGUUUACUGGAUGGGUACUCGGAUGGACUUACAUACACUGAAAGAGCAGUUCUCUCUGUAAAAGGUCUGACCCAGAAGCCCUCAGUGAUGAUUCCUCCCCUGACAGAGGGGCAGCAGACCACACUGACCUGCACUGCUCCUGGUCUCUGUUCUGGAUCUGAUCCUAAAUUCACCUGGACAUGGAGAGGAGCAGGAGAGAAGGACUCUCAGAUCACAGGAAACAUCACUGCUUUCAAGACUGAGAAUCUGACUGCUGUCACACAGAGUCACAGCUCCACUUUGACCUUUAACCCUUCAGCUGAACACCACAACAGCAGUGUUACCUGUGAGGUCAGCUUCAGAAACAACAUCACAGCAGAGGAGACUGUGACUCUUAAUGUGACCUUCUAUCCAAAGAUCCUAAAUAGCUCAAAGUGUGAGGUUCAGUCGGGGGUCCUGACCUGCGUGUGCAUCAGUAAGGGGAUUCCUUUACCCUACAUCAUAUGGCCGCUGUUGAAUAACCACUCUGAGUACUCCGUCAUCACCACUGUGUCACGCCAAACUAUCCACAGCACCCUAACUGUAAAGGACCACAGCAACACUUUUGUUGAGUGUGUCGGACGCAGCAAAGUUGGGGAAGUUCAACACACCAUCCCUGUUAUAACUUCACCGAAGCGAGAAGCAGAUCAACAUGGAUCAAGUGCACAGCUUCCAUGGGUUGUCGUUGCUGUAUCUCUUUUUGUAAAUGUCAUCAGCAUAAUCCUCAUCAUGUUCCUUUGGCACACAAGAAAAAAGGUGAAACCAAACCAAGAAGACAGAAUGUAUAUGUCAAUCAAGAAAACAGACGUGUCAUCUGAUUAUGAAGUUAUCGCCCGGCCUCUGAACUAACCAGCUUUACCUGUAGAGGAUUUUGAUCGUAUCGUCAAAAGUACAAGAUUCUAUUAGUUUGAAAUAGCUACAUUCUUUAAUUUAACUGCCACUUAUAUUAUGUGUUUUUACAGUAUGGUAUAUUAUAUAUAUAAUACCUUGUUAAAUUCAACAUGUAUAUUUUCUACUUUCUUGUUUAUUUCUUGUCUUGAAUUUGUAUUGUACAAUGCCAUGUCUUUUUAUGCUGCUGCAACGCAAACAUUUCCCAAACUGGUAUCAAUAAAGUACUAUCUUAUCUUAUUCUUGUUUUUCAUAUUACAGUUGAAUUACCUUUAUUUGCCCAGCAGAAGAUCAGGGAGAGUGCAGUACAAUCACAGUCGAUUGUAGCUUGUGCUUUUUCAGAUUAUAUUUAUGAAGAUUUGGAGAAAAAAAAUGUAAGUGAAAUACAUUGAUUAUUGUGUAUAUUAUUAUUUGUAUUAAAAUGUUCAUUAUAAAAGGAUCAGUAUUGUUAA